AGCGGGGGGCUCGGGGUCUCCUGACAUCCCGUCUCUCUUCCCUCUGCUUCUGUUCGCCCGAGGAAGAGACGAGUCUUGUAUGACAUCUUGACGGUAGAACGCCACUUGGUUGAGGACCUCACCCAGGAACGAUAAUAGGUGGUUCCAGUUUGUCCCUUUGAUUUUUUUUUUCCUUUUGAUUUAAAUCAGGCUUGGUUGCAGAUGAUGUGAACACGGAGCAGUGCUUGGGGUUUGAGAGGAUUGCCAAAUGCUUUUAAAUCAACUGAGAGAGAUAACAGGAAUUCAAGAUUCAGCCUUCCUUCACGCAGCUCUAAAGGCUGCUAAUGGAGAUCUAAUGGAAGCAGUCAGCUUCCUCACGGAGGAGCAUGGUCAGGAGCCUAAUCAGAGCACCGCUGCUGCAGAACCAUCUGCCUGGGAAGGGAGUGCUGUGGGCAAACAGCUUCCACCAAAUGUUGCUGCACUUACCCCUAACAACAAAGAAGACCUCCAGGCAGUCAUUGCUUUCAGCCUCCUAGAAUCGCCAAAAGCUCAAGCCACAGAAAGAGAAGCAGAAAGAGCACAGGAAGCACAUUCUGCUGAAAACAAAAAUCGCUCCAAAAGGAAACGCUGUGAAGUCUGGGGAGAGAAUCCCAAACAAAACAACUGGAGAAGAGUGGGUGACUGGCCUGUUGGAAUGAAAAACAUUGGCAAUACCUGUUGGUUUAGUGCUGUCAUACAGUCUCUUUUCCAGUUGCCAGAAUUUCGGAGGCUGGUCCUUGGCUACUCUCUCCCACAAAGUGUGCUUGAGAAUUGUCGAAGUCGCACUGGAAAAAGAAAUGUUGCGUUCAUGCAAGAACUUCAAUGUCUGUUUGCUUUAAUGCUGGGGACACGUCGUAAGUUUGUAGACCCUUCUGCAGCGCUGGAACUCUUAAGAGAUGCAUUUAGAUCAGCUGAAGAACAGCAGCAAGAUGUCAGUGAAUUCACGCACAAACUACUGGAUUGGCUGGAGGAUGCCUUCCAGCUUGCUGUGAAUGUCAACAGCCCUGGGGACAAAUCUGAAAACCCAAUGGUGCAACUUUUCUAUGGGACUUUCUUGACUGAGGGUGUCCAUGAGGGCAAUACUUUUUCCAAGAUUGAAACCUUUGGUCAGUAUCCCCUUCAGGUAAAUGGUUAUCAGAACUUGAACGAGUGCUUGGAAGGAGCCAUGGUGGAGGGGGAGAUGGAUGAGGAGACAGCAGCUCAGUCAGUGAAAUAUGGGCAGGAGCGCUGGUUUACAAAACUCCCACCAGUGUUGACCUUUGAACUCUCCCGAUUUGAGUUCAAUCAGUCACUAGGACAGCCAGAGAAAAUUCACACCAGGCUAGAAUUUCCCCAGACUAUUUAUAUGGACAGGUACCUCUACAGCAGUAAAGAGCUUAUUCAGAUGAAAAGAGAAGAAAUCAAGAGACUGAAGGAGAAAAUAGUGAUUCUGCAGCAGAAACUGGAAAGGUACAUGAAAUAUGGUUCUGGCCCAACCCGCUUUCCACUACCUGACAUGCUCCAGUAUGUUCUUGAAUUCGUUACUACAAGGCCAGCUGUAGUUAUUUCUUCUGCUCAUGACUCUCAGACAACAGUCCUGCAGUCCCAAGCCGAGUCUCAUGUUUUGGACAGGCUUUCACAGCAGAAUAGUAUACUAGAAGCAAAGAAUACUAAGACGACUGAAGAUACAGCUUUCUUUUUGGCAAAUUCUUCACCACAACAAAAACUGAGUACGCCACUCCAGCCUUCUGAUUCACCAGCAGAAAUGUCUGACUGCCCAGCUCCUCACAUGGUUUCUGAGGAGGAGAUGAACCUUGUUAGGACGUGUCUUCAGCGAUGGAGAAACGAGAUUGAACAAGACAUACAAGAUUUGAAAGACUCUAUUGCCAAAAUCAACCUAUCCAUUGAACAAAUGUACUGUGACCCUCUCCUCCAACAGGUUCCCUAUCGUUUGCAUGCAGUCUUGGUCCAUGAAGGGCAAGCAAAUGCUGGUCAUUACUGGGCCUACAUAUAUGACCAGCCUCGAAAAAGCUGGCUCAAGUACAAUGACAUCUCAGUGACAGAAUCAUCGUGGGAAGAAUUGGAGAGAGAUUCAUUUGGAGGCUUGAAGAAUGCCAGUGCCUACUGCCUGAUGUACAUAAGUGAUAAGGUGUCCCACUUUGUUGCAGAUGACAACGAGGAUUCAGAGGUGGGACAGUUUCAGAAAGAAGUUGAAGCCUUGCCCCCAGAACUGAAACAUUACAUCCAGGAGGACAACUGGCGACUAGAGCAGGAGGCAGAAGAAUGGGAAGAGGAGCAAUCUUGCAAGAUUCCUCAGAUAGAGCCUUCACCUGCUUUUGAAUCGCAGGACCUCUCUUCUGAUUCAGGACCAGAUCAGUCUUCAGUCUGUGAGCAGAGCAUGCGUUCGCUGUCCUCUGAACAUGCCAUGAUUGCAAAGGAGCAGACUGCCCAGGCCAUUGCAAACACAGCCGAUGCCUAUGAGAAGAAUGGUGUAGAAGCAGCUCUCUGUGAGCCCAAGGAGGUAGACCCAACGAAGGCCCAUCCAGGAGAAACAGCCCUUACAGUUCAGGCAGAACAACCACAGGAUGCUAAAGAGACAGAGUCUGCUGCCCAAACUAGCUCACAGGUCUCUGAAGUGGAAAUCCCCAGUGUGGGGAAGAUCCUUGUUAGAUCUGAUGCAGACGGAUAUAAUGAGGAGGUAAUGCUGAGUCCAGCCAUGCAAGGUGUGAUCCUCGCUAUUGCAAAAGCCCGUCAGACCUUUGAUCGAGAUGGGUCUGAAGCAGGGCUUGUUAAGGCAUUCCACGAGGAAUACUCCAGACUCUAUCUACUUGCAAAAGAGACCCCAACCCCUCAGAAUGAUGCCCGGUUGCAACAUGUGCUCGUUUACUUCCUGCAAAACAAUGCUCCCAAACAGGUUGUGGAGCGGACCCUUCUUGAGCAGUUUGCAGAUAAAAACCUCAGCUACGAUGAAAGGUCAAUUAGUAUUAUGAAGGUAGCACGAGCUAAGCUGAGAGAAAUUGGCCCUGAUGAUGUUGAUAUGGAGGAGUAUAAGAGAUGGCACGAAGACUACAGUCUUUUCCGCAAGGUGUCUGUUUACCUGCUUACAGGGUUGGAGCUGUACCAGAAUAGAAAGUACCAGGAGUCGUUGACCUACCUAGUCUACGCCUACCAAAGUAACACCACUCUGCUGAUGAAAGGACCCAACAGAGGAGUAAAUGAAUCACUGAUUGCCUUGUACAGAAGAAAAUGUCUGCUGAAGCUGAACGACAUGGCAGCAUCUCUCUUUGUAAGCAGUGAAGAGGCUCAUGUGGCAGAGGGCAUUAACAUCCUGAAUGAACUGAUCAUCCCCUGCAUGCACCUCAUCAUUAACAACGACAUCUCAAAAGAUGACCUGGAUGCCAUCGAGGUCAUGAGAAACCACUGGUGCUCCUAUUUGGGACGAGAAGACAUGGACGCAAACCUACAGCUGAAGCUGGGCGAAUUGCUCCCCAGGCUCCUUGACUGCUCUGCAGAGGUUAUUGUGCUCAAAGAGCCCCCGAAGAUCCGGCCCAACUCACCCUACGACCUCUGCAGCCGCUUUGCAGCCGUGAUGGAGUCCAUUCAUGGAGCCUCAACGGUGACUGUAAAAUAGACUACUGACUUUCCAUCUUGACGUGGUAUACCGUGAGCCACCCAGCUGCACAGAAUCCUUCUGUCAGGCAAUAUUUCAAUGGGAGAGGGAGGAGGACAGGUGAUUCAUAUCCAGACCUGUAUUCUUUGUAUAUACGGAUGAAUAAAAAGCAGUAUUGCA